CUUGACCCUACUGCCGAGUCUGCUGCGUUCAGGGAGGCCUGGUUUCCUCAACCCUCUGGAAGCUCACACUUGGAGUUUUGCUUUGGAGCUCUCUCGGUGGUGGUGCGUCUUUCUUCGGUCCCCUUUGGUCCUCGUGCUUGCGGAUGUAGCUGCAGGCCGCUCGCGAAGGGGGUCGUCGCCGUUACUGCCGCUGCUCGCCAUGGCUCGAGCCAUGGCUCUGUCUCUCCUGCUUCUCGUCGCCUGCUUCAACCUCGCUUCUGCUGCCGACAGUCUCACUGUUGUCCGAGCUGAUCGUAAGGUUGAUCUGUUGACGCAGGUUGUUAGAGUCUCUACUGCAUGGAAGGUGCAGAACAAUGGAGCAGAGCCGGUGAGAGAAGUGAAGUUGGCAUUGACUUCAGAGCAGGCGGAGAGAGUGGCGUUUAUGGAGGUUGUUAUCAAGGAAACAAAGGGUAAAGGAAAGAAUGCCGCUGUUGGUCUUUUAUUACCGGUGAUUCGUUACUCUCAAGAAGGUUCCGUGAUUGUCUACACCCUUGCUUUGCCUAGGGAAAUCAAGGAAGGAGAAAUUGCGACUUUCGAGAGCUACGUGGCUCUCACACACCAAUUGAAGCCUUUCCCUGAAGAGAUUACACAGUCCGACUCUCAGCUUGUGAAGUAUCAUGAUACGGCAUACAUCCUGUCACCGUACCCUGUCAAGGUGCAAACAACCAUGUUUAAACUUUCUAGUUCCAGACUCGAGUCCUUUACUAAGGUGAAUCCAACUAAAGUAGCCGACACAGAGGUUCGUUAUGGACCAUACGAGGACGUAGAAGCUUUGGAAAGGAAGCCGAUCACCCUUCAUUUUGAGAAUAACCAGCCUUUUGCAGUGGUGGAGGAGCUGGUGAGGGAAAUUGAAAUCUCACAUUGGGGUAAUGUUUACAUCACGGAGAAUUACAACAAGCUUGCUCACCAGGGAGCUCGUCUUAAAGGUGGCUUCUCCAGGUUCGAGUAUCAGGCGAGACCUGGUGCGAGUGGGGUAUCAGCCUUCCGGCACCUACUUGCUAAGCUUCCUGUGCACGCCAAUUCUGUGUACUAUCGGGAUGAGAUUGGCAACAUUUCGACGUCUCAUUUGAGAUCUGACUUUCGAAGGACGGAGCUGGAGCUCGAACCUCGAUAUCCUCUUUUCGGUGGCUGGAAAGUCCCCUUCACACUGGGAUACAGCGUUCCUCUCCAAGAUUUGGUGUUCAAGGCUGCUGAUGGUUCUCGGUACCUUAACAUCAGCUUUGGCAGCCCAUUUGGCAACAUUGUGGUAGACAAGCUGAUUCUCAAGGUUGUACUCCCGGAAGGAUCGUAUGACGUUUCUGCAACCGUUCCUUUCCCAGAAGGAUCGUUUGAGCAGAGGCAAGAGAAGAAGUUCUCGUACUUGGACACGGUCGGAAGGACAGUCCAUGUGAUCGUGAAGAAAAACUCUGUUAUGGAGCAUCAAUUCAAGAAUGUUCUGGUUCAUUAUAGGUUUAAUCCAUUGGGCAUGCUGGUCGAGCCUCUGAUGCUGGUGCUGGCUUUCUUUGCGUUUUUUGCCUCCUGCAUUGCUUACACCCACUUUGACUUCACCUUGUCCAAGUCAACUUCGGCGUAUUUAGCCCAGGUACAGCGCGACCAGGUUAUCGAUGUAAUUUCAAAGCUGCAGAAGGUGUUGGGGAUUCGCCAGACAGCAGAAGAGCGCCUGGAGGCAUCGUUGAAGGACGUUCUACGCACAGGGGACAUUACUGCUUGUAAAGCUGACCGUAAGAACGCAGAUGCGGUCUGGAAGAGUACGUCCAAAGAUCUUAAGGCACUCUUGGAUACCCUCCAGUCAACCAUGAAGACUGUACCUGGCAAGCCUUCCACGACGAAACCUUCCGUUAUUGUGACUAAGGUGGAAACCUUGUUGCUGAAAGAGAAGGAGAUGGUUGAGAAGUUGCAGCAGAAGCAAACGUUUAUUGUGGAUGCUUACGAGCGGAAAUUGAGUGGUAAAGAAAUCGAUGCCCGCAUCGCUCCUGUCCAGGAAAAGUUGGAAAGCCUGAGGCAGGAAGUGUCUAAUCUGCGCUCUUCAUUAGAGGACUAGCGUGAUAGAUCUUUGCGUAGCAGAGGGACCCCUUUUGAUGAUGUUGGAAAACAGGAGGUCAAGAGUGGCUGUAGCACUUUCCGGGACUGAAAAAAAAAAAGCUUCUUGAGCUACCCUGUUGAACGAGGUUUAGUUAGCAAGGACCGAUUAGGUUAAGACAUCAAAUAGUAAAGUCGAGCAGUGCCACUGAAAUACACUGAAAUAUGGAGUCUUGUAACUCAGCUCUCUGUUCCUGGCUCUUACUUAUAAAAUAUGUAAAUGCUGGCUUUUGCUGCUCCUUCUUGGA